AUGAGUGUUGGGCGGCAAAUCAUUAUCUCUCACGGAAUCAAGCGUACCCGUCUCUCCAAGGAAGCGGAACAGGCGCGCCGCCUUAAAGAGGUCUCCAAGAUCCAGGCCUACACUGAGCUGCAGGAGGACGUCUUUGCAAUGAAACGGGGCAACGAAUAUACACUCGAAGCGCUGGAGAAGACCAACAAACUCCUCGAUCUCAAUCCCGAGUUCUACACGGUGUGGAACUACCGGCGACACAUCCUUACCCGCGGCCUCUUCCCUUCCUCGACGGACGAGGAGAUUGUGGGUCUCCUCGAGGCUGACCUUCGCCUGACGAUGGCAUACCUCCGCGUCCACCCCAAGGUGUAUUGGAUCUGGACGCAUCGCAAGUGGUGCCUCGAGAACGUGCCCCGCGGACCAGGAGAUAGCGAGGGGUGGCGCAACGAAUUCUGGAAGAAGGAGAUUGGGCUUGUCGAGAAGCUCCUCGAUGCUGAUGCGCGAAACUUCCACGCAUGGACUUAUAGGCGGUACAUCAACGAAUCGCUCCCGGAAUCGUUUACGCCCAAGCGCACACCCGCCGACGAGCUCAAGUACACGACCAAGAAGAUCGAGUCCAACUUCUCCAAUUUUUCGGCGUGGCACUCGCGCACCAAGACAUUGCCCAAGAUUUGGGCGGGGAUGUCCGAGGACGAGGUUGCGGUCGAGAAGGACAAGGAGUUCGAGCUGGUAACGCAGGCGCUGUGGACCGACCCCGGAGAUCAGUCUGGCUGGCUCUACCAUCGAUGGCUUGUUGGCACCAACCCAUCGUUCGAGCUGUUGCAGCGCGAGCUCGAGUCUAUCAAGGAACUGCAUGAGGCUGAACCUGACUCGAAGUGGUGCAUGAACGCGCUCGCCCACUACCACCUCCUCUCCGCGCGCCUGCCAUCCGCACCAACAGACGAGGCGGCGGUCCACCGCGCAGAUGCCAAGACUAUCCUUGAGCGCCUGGAAGUCAUCGACGAGGACAGGAAAGAGCGGUACCACGAGCUCGGUGAAAUGCCAUCCCCAGCCAUUUCUAGAAUACCAUAA